AUGGCAGAAGCUAGCGAAUCUGCAAAGCUACCCAUCCUCAUCAUCGGAGCCGGCAUUACCGGGCUAGCCAUAGCCAGCGGCCUUCACCAGAAAAACAUCCCCUACAUCCUCUUCGACAAAGACCCCUCCCUCUCGCCACGCAACGAGCGCGACUGGGGCAUAGCCUGCCACUGGGCAGCGCCCCUCCUCGCCUCUCUCGCCGGCGCCGCGAAAUGGAGCCGCGUAGCCUCCACACUCGUCGACCCGAACCUGCCCAUCAAGGAAAUCGAGCACUUCCCGCUCUACAACGGCAAGACGGGGGAGCUGAUCGUGCGUCCGCCCAUCCCGAACCUGCACCGCAUCCUACGCUCGCGCAUGCGCGCGCUCAUCGCCGAGGGCCUGGAUAUUCGGUUUGCGAAGAACUUGGUUGGGCUUGAGUAUGCCGCUGAUGGGGGGAGCGUGACGGUAUGUUUUGAGGACGGGACGAGGGAGACCGGGAGGUUGGUUGUGGGUGCGGAUGGGAGCCAGAGCCGGGUGCGGAGGCUCUUACUAGGCGCCGAGAAGGCGGCGUUGAAACGCCUGCCGAUCGCUGCGACUUUUGUAACGGCUUCGUUUCCCGCGGAGCAGGCACGGCGGAUGCGGGAGGCUGUGCAUCCGAUUAUCAACGGGUUUGUGCACCCGGACGAUAUGAUGGGGAUGUUUGCGAUUCUCGACGGCGCGGACGCGGAACGGCCCGAGAACUGGUCGUUUGCGUUUUAUAUCUCGUGGCAGAGUAGUUUGGAGGAGCAGGCGGCGGAGGCGGCGGCGGGGAUGGGGGUUAGGGAGAGGUUGAGGCAGGGGAAGGAGAAGGGGAGGUUGUUUGCGGAGCCGUUGAGGAGUUGUUAUGAGCUGGUGAGCGAUGAUUGUGAGAAGGUGUAUUAUGUGGCGAAUGGGAAUUGGGAUCCGAGUUUGCCGGAGCAUGAGUGGGAUAACAGGGGUGGACGCGUGACGUUGGUUGGCGAUGCGGCGCAUCCUUUGACUUAUCAUCGCGGACAAGGACUGAACCAAUCCAUCAAAGACGCCUACGAGCUAGUCGCGCUGCUCACGGAGCCGGGAAACCGGACCCAGGCCGAGUUGAUUGGAGCCUUCGAGAGUGAGAUGCGGCCCCGGGCCGGGGAGGAGGUCCGGAUGAGUGAGCUGAACACGCUCAUGCUGCAUAGCUGGGACAAGCUCCAACAGAGCCCCUUGAUGCAGAGGGGAGUCGCUUAUGGGAGUGAGGCUAAAGAGGAUGCGGCAAAAACGACGUAG